AUGCUGGGGUCGGUGACGCCGGACGAGGUGAAGCGGAUGAUGGACGAGAUCGACACCGACAGCGACGACUACAUUUCGUACCAGGAGUUCACCGAUUUUGCCGGCGAGAUUGAGACCUAA